AUGGAUGGAAUAUGUCUGAGUGAUAAAAUUAAGGCCAUAGAAUCAGCAAAUGAAAUAGAAUCAAAGGAAAGCUCAACAAGUUUGGCAAGUAUUGCAUGUUAUGACCAUUUUGGGAGGCCUUUUCCAGGCUUUCUAUGUCCGCUUAUUAAAAUUAUAGCACACGAAUAUGGAAGAUGGAGAUCAAAAGUGAAAGAAAAUUUGACUUGCGAAGAUUUAAUGAAUUUGAACACUCAUCCUUGUGAUCACAAUACCAGUUCAUGUGUUGUAGUUGCAUUGCCUAACAGUCAUUUGAUAUUGGGUUGUAUGGAUGACCAUACCGGAAAAUUUGUGGCUCCUCAUAACUGGCAAAGAACUAAGCAUAAAAAUUAUUUAUUAGACUUUAGAGUUGAUAAUCCAUUCCCAUUACUGCAACAUUGUCGAAGAGACAAAAAUGACCAACCUGUGUGUAUGCGAAACAAUUUGUUCUAUCGGAAGUUUCCAAUACUUCAACAAUUUACAUGCUGUUGCAAAGGCGACUUCUGUGCUGAUGCACUAUUUGACCAGGUUUGCCUAUCACAUCUAAGGCAAAAAACCUAUGCUUAUUUUUGA